GGAUAUGGCUGGCGGAGAGGGCAGCAACACUAGCAGCUGCAUGGACAUGUUUGAGUAAAAACCUUGGUUAUUUUCUCUCUGGAGCAGCUUUAAAUCUCCGCAUUAAUGAUGGGACAGUGUGGAAUUACGUCCUCGAAGACGGUCCUGGUCUUCCUCAACCUGAUAUUUUGGGCCGCUGCUGGCAUCCUUUGUUAUGUUGGCGCCUAUGUUUUCAUCACUUAUGAUGACUAUGAUCACUUCUUCGAGGACUUUUACACUCUGAUCCCUGCAGUCAUCAUCAUAGCAGUUGGUGCCCUGCUUUUCCUUAUUGGACUCAUCGGAUGUUGCGCCACAGUGAGAGAGAGCCACUGUGGACUUACCACGUUUGUCGUCAUUCUCCUGCUGGUUUUCAUGACGGAAGUGGCCGUGGUGAUUCUCGGAUACGUUUACAGAGCGAAGGUGGAAGAUGAAGUCAACACUUCUAUCAUGAAAGUUUAUGAUGAGUACAGUGGCACGAACAGCAACGCCCAAAGCCGGGCCAUUGACUAUGUUCAGAGACAGCUUCAGUGCUGUGGCAUCCACAAUUUCUCAGACUGGCAGCAGACACACUGGUAUGAAGAAUCGAAAAACAACAGCGUUCCCAUCAGCUGCUGCAAAAUUGCAGGCUGCACAGGGUCUCUUAAUCACCCUGAAGACCUCUACCAAGAAGGUUGUGAAGCUCUGGUCGUGAAGAAGUUACAGGAGAUUAUGAUGUAUGUCAUCUGGACUGCGCUGACGUUUGCUGCCAUCCAGAUGUUGGGGAUGCUGUGUGCCUGUGUCGUGCUGUUCCGCAGAAGCAGAGAUCCUGCCUAUGAGCUUCUUAUCAGCGGCGGUACCAUAGCGUAAAGAGUGAAACACUUUUCUCAAUUUUUCUGAAAAUGUAUCAUUGGUGAGAGGAUGCAACCCCUGUGAUCAUGCUUAUCUUUAUACACUAAAUACAAGAAAAUAUAUUUUUAAGUUAAUUUUCCACAAAAACCAUUUGGUCCGUUUUAUUUAACUCUUCUGAGAAUUGCAUAUAAUACUUCUCCUUUUUGAAAACAUGAGUUAUGCAUAGUCAGCAGAGUUUCCUUAUUGUGGUUUGCAUUAUUUCUAUUUUUGAAUCUAUUAUGUACUUGAAUGACAGAGGGAAAUUUCUACUUUGCUCCAGCUUUCUGAGGAUGCCUAAUACUCUAUUUUAAAUUUUAACGGCAUAAAAAGUGGACUCCACCAUCUCCUGAUUCAGCAGCAUGCACUGUGUGUGCAUGCACUUUUGUGUGCAAGCUCUUACAGAACUGGCUUUAACUUAUAUGAGCUUUAUUUUCGGAAAUAAAUGUAUUUAACCUUUGAUGUAUUUAUUGGUUUUCAGAUAGAGUUGUUUUUCUCUCAUAUUUGUUUGUUCCAGGUACUCUACCACAAUAUGGUUUAUUCAUAUUGUCUCAUGUAGCAAUGAUGAGAUUUAAGAAUGUAAAUAAUGUGUUUAAGUAAAAAUUUAAAACAAAUGA